AUGAGUUUAACGCUGCUUCUGUUACCUGUACUCACCGUGGUGAUUGUUGUUGGGGCACAGAAAACUUGUCCAAAGAACUGCCGGUGUGAUGGGAAAAUUGUCUAUUGUGAAUCCCAUGCCUUUAAAGACAUUCCUCAGAAUAUUUCAGGUGGCUCCCAGGGAUUGUCUCUACGUUACAACAGCAUCCAAAAGUUGAAGUCUAACCAGUUCUCCGGACUUAACCAACUGGUCUGGCUUUACCUUGACCACAAUUACAUUAAUUCGGUGGAUGAGGAUGCCUUCCAGGGUAUCAGGCGGCUAAAGGAGCUCAUUCUGAGCUCUAACAAAAUCACUAACCUAGCCAACACCACUUUUCACCCUGUCCCCAACCUGAGAAAUUUGGAUCUAUCCUACAACAAACUGCAGAUGCUUCAAUCUGAGCAGUUCAAAGGUCUUCGAAAGCUUUUAAGCCUUCACCUAAGGUCCAACUCACUGAAAACAGUGCCAGUUCGGGUUUUUCAGGACUGUCGAAAUAUGGAAUUUUUGGAUGUGGGAUAUAACCGGCUCAGGAGCUUGUCUCGCAAUGCCUUUGCUGGUCUCCUGAAGCUAAAGGAGCUCCAUCUGGAACACAACCAAUUUUCAAAGGUGAACUUUGCCCACUUUCCUCGCCUCUUCAACUUACAUUCUCUUUACUUGCAGUGGAAUAGGAUUAGAUCUAUUAGUCAAGGAUUAAGCUGGACUUGGAGUGCACUGCACAACCUUGACCUGUCAGGAAAUGACAUACAGAGCAUAGAACCUGGGACCUUUCAAUGUCUCCCUAAUUUACAGAAGCUCAAUCUGGAUUCAAAUAAACUCACCAAUGUCACCCAGGAAACCAUAAAUGCUUGGAUAUCUCUGACCUCUAUAACUCUUUCUGGAAACAUGUGGGAAUGCAGCAAAACUAUUUGCCCUCUGGUGUUCUGGCUCAAGAACUUUAAGGGAAACAAGGAGACCACCAUGAUAUGUGCUGGACCUAAACACAUCCAAGGUGAGAAAGUUAUUGAUGCUGUGGAAACCUACAAUAUCUGUAAUGAAACCCCUGUGUUGGUGACUGAAAGAGCUUAUCAGACAACCAAAGCACCCCCUAAGCCCCAGUUUGUUCCCAAGCCUACUGUCUACAAGUUGGAGAGCGUUCCACCAACUUUAUACACUCCUAGCCCUUCCUCAGGUCUGCAGACACCGGUGGCUGAACAAGAAUACGAGCAUGUUUCUUUCCAUAAAAUCAUAGCUGGAAGUGUGGCCCUUUUCUUAUCUGUGGCCAUGAUUUUACUUGUCAUUUAUGUAUCGUGGAAACGAUAUCCAGCCAGCAUGAAGCAACUGCAACAAAGCUCAAUGAUGAAAAGGAGAAGGAAAAAGGCCAGAGAGUCCGAAAGACAGAUAAGCUCCCCAUUACAGGAGUACUAUGUGGACUACAAACCAUCCAACACAGAACCCAUGGAUGUAUUGGUAAAUGGAUCAGGACCCUGUACAUAUACAAUCUCUGGCUCCCGGGAAUGUGAGGUAUGA